ACGAUCUGAACGAUAGAGGACCAACUGGAAGCAGCUGUGGCCUUUACGUAAUAACGUGUGGUGCUAAGCACAUUUCUUCUUUACGUUCAUAUUCUUCGAAGCUUCAUCCAUCUGUUUCGUAAUCGUGUUAAAGUUACUGACCAGGGAAGCGACUAUGUCGACAAAUCCAUCGGGGAAUCAACCGCCAUACCCUAAUCAGCAACCAACGAGUCAAUAUCCCCCUGCCAUGUUCAACUAUGGCUCUUCUGCCGUUGGCUACCCUCCGCCUUCUAACCAAGCUGCUUAUCCCCCGCCGGUUGAAACAGUGCCUUACAAUGCACCUUACCCCGCUACAGCUCCUCCACCGUCUUAUGAAUCGGCUGUCGGUGGUGGAAAAUCAGAGAAAACGCCCGGGAAUUCCUCGUAUCAAUCGCAACCAUUUCCAGCAGCUCCAAUGACAAGCUACCCGACUUACCCUUCAUCGUACCCUGACGUAGAAUAUGGGCAAACAGAUGCAUCGCACUUCUCUGAGAUCAUCAGUUUUAAUGACAAAUCCAUAAGGCUUGGAUUUAUCAGACGGGUUUUUGCUGUGCUUAUGCUGCAACUAGCAACAACUGUUGGAGCGAUUUGUUUGUUCAUAUUCAAAAUGAACAGCUACAGAAUUUCUUAUGCAAACAUUGUUGUUCUCUUUUGCAGUCACAAUGUUAAAAAUUUUGCACAAAAUAAUUGGGCCAUGUAUACUUCUGCAUAUGUGGUGUUCUUUGUGUUGUAUUUUGUCUUGGUCUGUUGUGAGGGAGUAAGGAGGAGCUAUCCAGCCAAUGUUAUUAUGCUUUCUCUCUUUACAUUAUCUUUGUCUUACCUCGUCGCAGUGAUUUCCAGCUUCCAUGAGACCAACAUUGUGUUAAUCAUGAUGGGAGUGACCACUCUGGUCUGUGCUUCUGUUAUGAUCUUUGCCUGUCAGACCAAGUAUGACUUCACCACAUGGGGUGGAGUGCUUUUCUGUGCAGCUCUGGCCAUUUUCUUUCUCAGUAUCUUCACUCCCCUUUGGUUGGCACUUUCAACAACGUUCCUUGCCUAUGACGUGCAACUGGUGAUGGGUGGCAAGAAGUACGAGUUGAGUCCAGAGGAGUACAUCUUUGCAUCCUUGAUUCUGUACAUGGAUAUCAUUCGCAUCUUCUUGUUGCUUCUGGCAAUAUUUGGUCGUGGAAGCAACUAAACAAUGUCAGCAGUAUCUAACUAUACUUA